UUCUCUCCCCCUCCCCACUCCCCUACUCUCAUAAAAUACCCCCUCUACUCUCAUAAUACCCCCCCUCUCACAGAGAACGAGUGCGAGAGUGAGACAGUGACAAUGUAGCCCAACCCUCCCCCCCCUCCCCCCCCUCUUCCUCUUCCCACACCUGCUACCAAACCCGUACCCCGUGGAUUGAUGCUUGCAGUAAAUCCUCCAACACUGCAGUUUGUAUGAAGCUCUCCUACCACUUCGUCAACUCGCGAAUAGGGUUUUAAGGAUUCAUACUUGCGGGGAAAGGUUUGGAAGCUGCAGUGCGCGUUUAGGACUGUCUCUGUCGUGAGAUUGGAGGUACGAGGGGUUUCUGGAAUAGCUCAGAAGUGUUGCAAAAUUUAUCAGGAGGUUUGCAGACAUGGUGAUGAGGAAAGUGGGCAAGUAUGAAGUGGGGCGAACUAUUGGUGAGGGAACCUUCGCCAAGGUGAAAUUUGCCCAGAACACCGAGACAGGGGAGAGCGUGGCCAUGAAAGUGCUAGAUCGUCAGACGGUGCUCAAGCACAAGAUGGUAGAGCAGAUCAAGCGAGAAAUAUCCAUAAUGAAGCUGGUUAGGCAUCCUAAUGUUGUCCGAUUGCACGAGGUUCUGGCAAGUCGUUGCAAGAUUUACAUCAUUUUGGAGUUUGUAACGGGCGGGGAGCUUUUUGACAAAAUUGUGCAUCAAGGAAGGCUUAAUGAGAACGACUCUCGCAAAUAUUUUCAGCAGCUCAUGGAUGGAGUUGAUUAUUGCCACAGCAAGGGCGUCUCACAUCGAGAUUUGAAGGUGUGCACUGUUGGUUUGCAGCCUGAAAAUCUCCUUCUUGAUUCACUGGACAAUCUCAAAAUAUCAGAUUUUGGUCUGAGUGCUCUUCCUCAGCAAGUGAGGGAAGAUGGACUUUUGCACACCACUUGUGGUACUCCCAAUUAUGUUGCACCUGAGGUUCUUAAUGAUAAGGGCUACGAUGGUGCAGUGGCUGAUAUCUGGUCUUGCGGUGUCAUCUUGUUUGUAUUAAUGGCUGGAUUUCUCCCAUUUGAUGAGGCUGACUUGAAUACUCUUUACAGCAAGAUACGAGAGGCAGAUUUUACUUGUCCACCUUGGUUUUCCUCCGGCGCCAAAACACUGAUUACUAAUAUUCUGGAUCCCAAUCCCCUAACACGUAUCAGGAUGAAAGGAAUUCGGGAUGACGAAUGGUUCAAAAAGAACUAUGUUCCUGUUCGUAUGUAUGACGAUGAAGAUAUUAAUCUUGAUGAUGUGGAGGCUGCUUUUGAUGAUUCUAAGGAACAAUUUGUGAAAGAGCAGAGGGAGGUGAAAGACGUGGGUCCGUCGUUGAUGAAUGCCUUUGAACUCAUAAGCCUAUCUCAAGGACUAAACCUCUCUGCGUUGUUUGAUAGACGUCAGGACCAUGUAAAGCGCCAAACUCGUUUCACUUCAAAGAAACCAGCUCGAGAUAUAAUUAAUAGAAUGGAAACCGCUGCGAAGUCGAUGGGCUUUGGUGUUGGAACGCGUAACUACAAGAUGAGACUCGAGGCAGCUAGUGAGUGCAGAAUAUCACAGCACUUGGCUGUGGCUAUCGAAGUGUACGAGGUGGCUCCUUCUUUAUUCAUGAUUGAAGUGCGGAAGGCUGCGGGUGAUACUUUGGAAUAUCACAAGUUCUAUAAAAGCUUUUGUACCCGGUUGAAAGAUAUCAUAUGGACAACGGCAGUUGAUAAGGACGAAGUUAAGACAUUGACGCCAUCUGUAGUUAAGAAUAAAUAAUUCUGCUCCAGCAUUAACUUGGAUGAGGAGCAAGGAUAUACCGCUGCAUCGUCAAAUGAAGUUUUCUACUGGUAGCAUAAAAUUAAUGCAUGUACAGAGCUUGAAUACAUUCAUUACUGUUAACCUUGGAUUUCGCAUUGAACCUGAAAGUAUCGUAAUAUUCAUCACCUAGUUUCUAUGAUUGGUAGUUUGCUGAUCUGAUGAAAAGUAGUAGAUGCUUAAUUGGGAUCAUAGCGAUGUGUGACAAUCUACCCUACUUUGGGCUUUCUGGUGUAAGUGAUGGAAAAAGCGAAGUUGUAUCUUGUGUGGGGAAAGAGAGAGAUUGUUUUUCUUCUUAAGUUGUAGUUACCUAUUUUGCAACCAAAUUUGAAAGUACUGGGGCCAAUGUGAAGGUGCGUUGAAGGUGUUCUAGAACUGGCAAUCUAUAUGGACGCGUGGGAUGUUGUAGAUAUUGCACUUCUGCUAGAACAGGUGUGAUUUACUUAGGGUUCUCGCCUGUCAACUAUUUUGAAUUGGAAAAGCUUUAAGAGAAGCUGGACAUGGAUGUUGUAAGAAUGUACAAAAAGAAAUUGUGGAAUCAA